CCUCAGGCAAAACCUCUCUGACAGUUCUGACCCUGCUUCAGCUUCUAGUCUCAAGGCAGAGGGAAGAAGGGAAGAGACAGCCCAGGGAUCAGAAGACGACCCCAGCUCUCUGGUGAUGGCAUGGAUCUCACACUUCUCCAGCAGCUCUUCUGCCUACCUCCCAGUCCUGUCACCCUCCGGUGCCCCCGAAGUGCCAAGGCACAACAUUGAUGCACAACUGCUCUUAGCAACCCAGCCAUGGCCGGAGAUUCUCGGAUCUUCAUGAACCAGGACAUGGACAUCGGAGUUACAUCCCGAGAGCCUAAGAAGAUUCCCAAGCAGGCUCGGGAUGAUGUCCCCAUUGCCACUGACAGGACCCGCCUCAUCUCAGCAGAAGGGGGUAAGAAGCCACGCCAGAGGUACAUGGAGAAAAGUGGCAAGUGCAACGUGCACCACGGCAACGUCCAGGAGACCUACAGGUACCUCAGUGACCUCUUCACCACACUGGUGGACCUCAAGUGGCGUUUUAAUCUUCUUGUCUUCACUAUGGUCUAUACCAUCACUUGGUUGUUUUUUGGGUUCAUAUGGUGGCUCAUUGCCUAUAUCCGGGGAGACCUGGACCACCUUGAAGACGAGAACUGGAUCCCCUGUGUUGAAAAUCUCAGUGGAUUUGUUUCUGCAUUUCUGUUUUCUAUCGAGACCGAGACAACGAUUGGGUAUGGCUACAGGGUCAUAACGGAGAAGUGCCCGGAAGGCAUCAUCCUGCUCCUGAUCCAGGCUAUCCUGGGCUCCAUUGUGAAUGCCUUCAUGGUGGGAUGCAUGUUUGUCAAGAUCAGCCAACCAAAGAAGAGGGCUGAAACCCUCAUGUUUUCUAACAACGCAGUGAUUUCCAUGAGGGAUGAGAAGCUCUGUCUCAUGUUCCGUGUGGGAGACCUCCGCAAUUCCCACAUUGUCGAGGCUUCCAUUAGAGCCAAACUGAUUAAGUCCAAACAGACCAAAGAAGGAGAGUUUAUCCCUUUGAACCAAACAGACAUCAACGUGGGAUUUGACACUGGAGAUGACAGAUUGUUCCUGGUGUCACCUCUUAUCAUCUCACAUGAAAUCAAUGAGAAAAGCCCCUUCUGGGAGAUGUCCCGCACCCAGCUGGAGAAGGAGGAGUUUGAAAUUGUGGUCAUUCUGGAAGGAAUGGUGGAAGCAACAGGGAUGACUUGCCAGGCUCGCAGCUCCUACAUGGACACCGAGGUGCUGUGGGGACAUCGCUUCACUCCUGUGCUCACCCUGGAGAAGGAUUUUUAUGAAGUUGACUAUAACAGCUUCCAUAGCACUUAUGAAACCAACACUCCUGUGUGCUGUGCCAAAGAGCUGGCUGAGUCUCGCCGGGAGGGCCAGCUCCUCAGCCACCUCUCCAGUGCCACCCUCCUGAGUGGAGGCAGAGAAGCAGAGACACCAAAAGGGGAAGAAGAAGAAGAAGAAGAGGAAGAGGCAGGAGGCAGUGAGCCAGCAGGGCUGAAUGGAGCCAACGGGACAGCAGGAGAGGGGAAGGAAGAUCUGCCAGUAUAACACAUGAACUGCUGGACAGUAGCUACCCACAUACCCUUCCUGGGAGACUGUGGCAUGGCAAGGCAGGAACUGGCUUGGAGUCAGAGAGCUGAGGUUUGCCUCCAGGUCUCUGCUGCAUGAUUCUGGCAAGUCAUUGCACAGCACUGUGCCUCAGUUUUCCUUCCCUUUCAUCUGUACAGUGAGGUUCUGCACUGUGCACCCCUGUGCAAAGCAUUUUGGUCUCUAUGGACAAGGCUCACUAAAUUAGGUCACUGUUAAAACUGAAAUUCCCACCACUGGUUGUUUCAAAAUAUGUUCAUUGAGUGCUCAGAACUCUUCCCCUUUAAGAGGGUGUUAAAAAAGUCUAGAAUGUCCCAUCUCAGUAUGAAGAAUGUGGUUUCAUACCUUCACUUAA